AUUCAGUGAUUGUCAUUUGUCCAAUCACAAUUCACAAAACCAUGGCAUCAAAUAAUAAACUCUGGAGCCGUAAACCAGACGUCAAAACCGGGAAAUCCGAAUUUCCGGUUACCAGAUUCCUCCGGACACAAAUCGAUAACAUCAAGAACACAACCGCCGGUCCCGGAAUCGGAGGCGGCAUUGGCUGCGGAGCUGGAAUCGGCAUUGGUCUCACCGGCGGGCUCGGUAUAGCUGCCUCUGAAGGUCUGAACCAUUCUAAUGUGGUUCUUGGAUUCGGUAUGGGUUGCGGUAUCGGGUUCGGGUUUGGAUACGGGUUUGGAGUUGGCGGCGGGUACAGUUUCGAUGACAUUAAAGAUAGAUUUGACCUAUGAGAAAAAGCUCCGGUUCAUAAUUCCGGGUCGGGUUCGGGUAAAGAUUUUUAAUAGAUGAUUAAAAACAUU